AUGGAAUGGGUCCUAAUAACUAAAGACAAACAUCAGAAUAAUGAAUCUGAGAUAAAGGAAAUUAAAAAAUUAAAAAAAAAAAUUGAAAAUCUUAAUGCAUAUAAAAAAUCAUUUGCAAUUAAGGUUGCUAGGCAAGAACAAAGAAGAAAAACUUAUAUUUCCCAGACCCGUUCUCUUGUUAGUAAAAAAAAGUCAAUAUCAAAUAAAGUCUUUCAAAGUGUUGUAGCAAAAAAAUUCAAAGCAAACAAAAAUGCUUACACACCUGUAGGGAUGGGGCAGCUUGGUUUGGUUUGGUUUGAAAAAGCGGUUUGA